AUUCUCUCUCACACACAGCCACAGACAAAGUUUAGGCAUCGAAGAGUUGGUUACUGGGCUGAAAACCUCCCAACUUCCUGACCCGUGCGCCAAAGCACAGAUCUAGGAUCAGCUCACCCGCAUCAAAUCCAAACCAGGACCUUAAUAAACCACAAAGGGGAAAACUGACCUCAGACCAGUAUUUAAACCGCACGUCUUCCUGCCCAGACACUGCCUCUCCAUCCAGAGGUCCUCUGUGCUCCAGCUGUCCAUCCGUCUAUCCAUCCAUCCCAGCCAGCUAGCCAUGGGUCUGAUGAGCGAAGACAUGGAUUGCUGCGUCUGCCUCCAGCCCUACUCUCGCGGGGAGAAAAUCCCUCGGAUGCUCCACUGCAAGCACACCUUCUGUGGGCCGUGCUUGGAGGCGAUGUCCAGGCUGCAGAGGGACCUGAGGAGCGUGUGCUGCCCCCUGUGCCGCUUUAUCACCUGUUGCCGGGCCAACCUCCCCCUUGCUGGGUCUCUGUGGGUUAACACUGAGAUCUGGGACCAGAUAGCAAAUAGACAGGAGGAGGAAGAGGAGGAGGAGGAGGCAUGGAAGGGAGAUAACAGACAGACACAGACCUCUACACAGUACGAAUGCUCUUCAUUGGGGUGUUCUGGUGUGUGGCUCAAGCUACAGAGUUUCUUGAAGAGAACGAGGCACAAUGGACUGUAAACAGAGAGGACUAAAAGAAGUGAAGAAGUGAAGUUGAUACAUUUUUAAAAAAGAAAUUGGUUCCAAUGCAGUUGUCUUCUGUUUGGGAGUGACAGCCAAUUUAGUGAUUCAUACAUUGUGCAAUUAUGUUUUUCAUAAUGGCAUCUAAUUUGCAAAGUAAGGUCUCGGUUGUGUUUUGAUAGGUGCUGUCACAAUAGUCUAGGAUACGAAGCAGCGGUUGGGUUACUAACGUCUUUCUAAUGGAUACAGUAAAACAAUUAUUAGUUCUGUAUAGGUACCAAAGCUUAUAGUUCAUUGUUUUUCUAAUAUAACCAAUAUGCUUUCCAAAAGAUCAUUCAAACACAGAUAUUUCAAACAAUUUGCACUUUCAUAUAAUGUGUACAAUGUCCGAUAUUGAAUGGGUACUGUGUACUUUAUACAAUAUACUGUGGACAAUGUUUAUAAUUGAUUUAUUUCAAUAAAGAGA